UGAAAAGCAUGUUGGUGUCACAUGGUGCCGGAGAUAUGGAGCUUGAAGUCCGCAGAGUGAAAGAGAGCAAUCAUAAUAUGGAGCUUGAAGUCCGCAGAGUGAAAGAGAGCAAUCAUAAUAUGGAGCUUGAAGUCCGCAGAGUGAAAGAGAGUUGA